CGCCUGUUGUCCGCUGUCUUCCACGACCUCUGCAAAAUUAUCUCUACGCGCUUCGUUCAAUCAACUGUAAUGGAUCCGCAGCGUUCGCAAGACCAGCAGGAUGCCACCGACGUUCUCCGCAACGCUACCUUUGUUCGCAAUGACGUGCCUGCACCCUCUCCGGAGAAUGCAGUCACGGCUUCCGAUCUGCUUCUGGGUGCUUAUGACCCCACAAAACUGCACCCAAUGGCAGGCAUAGAAGACAAGCUCGACUAUUUGCUCCUUGAGGAUGACAAGACCAGUGAUCUGCCUGGGUCUGGAACGGCUAUUCCCUCGCGAGGUUGGAGUGAUGACCUCUGUUACGGGACGGGUACCAUGUAUCUCAGCGGUCUUGCCCUUGGUGGACUCUGGGGACUUCGCGAGGGCGCGCGGAAACCUUUGGCUGUGUCUAACGCAAGGCUGCGGAUCAACGCUGUUUUGAAUUCUGUGACACGACGAGGUACUUUCGUUGGCAAUUCAGCCGGUGUCCUCGCGCUCGUCUACAACGGAAUUAACUCGACGAUAGAUCAUGUACGUGGCAAGCAUGACACACUGGGCAGCAUGGCCGCAGGCGCAUUCACCGGUGCCUUGUACAAGUCGACCGCCGGCGUAAGACCUGCGCUUGUGGCGGCAACGUUCAUUUCAGGCAUGGCGGGUGUGUGGAGCUAUGUCAAGCGCAGCGUAUAGUAUUGUACCUACCUCGUAUGUUCUUCUUAAUUGCUCCCUGUUAGACUUCCGAUUGCAUCGCCCGCGAAUCGAGAUACCCAUCACCGC